CUGCGAUAGAUGAAAUAUUUUAUGCGAUUUUUUGGAGAAAACGUAUACUUCGGUAUUAAAACACAUUGCUCAUAAAAGUUUACGAUUGAGACACCAGUACUAACGUAUCUGUUUCAGAAUGGUCGCCGGAAACUGCUUUCAGUAUUGUCAUAAUCGUAAAAUAUUAAUAUAAAUAACGGUCAUGUGUAAGUUCUUCUCUUUUUUAUUUGGACACUAAAGCCAAAGACGAAGUUACAUUGCACCAUUGUCGAUUAUUUUAAUGGAGCGCGUGAAACGGAUGGUUGUCGACCUAAUUUCGUUGUUACACGUAGAUCUCUUAGGAACUCUUUGCAUAGGCCAUCAUCCGCGAUGCACAUGCAUAUAACUCAACAUUCACAUCAAGAUAAUGCAGCUGGGAGUUUUAUUUCAUGUCGUACAUCCAUUUUGUGCUUUGCUUUAAUCUACUUUAUUCUCAACCAUUUCAUUAUGAUCCCACCGUACUCUUGCUAUUCUUAAAGUUUUUCCAAAUAGUGAUAUUUUUAAUAAAUUAAUUAAUAUUAAUUAUCAUUAAUUCAAUCUUUAAUUCGGGACGAAAAAUUUCCAAAGAAUGUAAUUAAAGUCAUUUCACUGGAAUCAAGAAUUUUUCAAAAAAGAAAAGUACGGAACGUAAGUUCCAUUCGAAAGUUCUCCAAUGUUCUCCAACUCGCUUCGUCCGAAGGUUUCGUCAAAAAUUUCGAAAGAUCGCGACCAGCUGGCUCGGAUUGGUCGAAACCCGCCAUCUCUGGAGAUCAUUUUACAUCAUCCUCCCUCAGACGUCUUCGUGGUACAUGACGUCAAUUGCGGUAACGCGCACGGUAGCGUUGCAGUCCGGUGACGCGCAGUCGCGCGGCACCGCGAUCAAUGCGCGUUUCCGCGCGAGGGUUUCGUCGGCGCAUAUCACACGAGGACCAAGGCAGAACAUGCGCGGGGGUGGACUCGUCCUGCGGUAAAAAGGAGAGACUCACGCGUGUGAAAACCUCUGACGUGGAAUGCCGAUAAUGCGAACGCGCGCUCCUCGCACAUCUAGAAGAAAUUAAUGAUAAUGAAGGGGGAACGCCGAUGAAUUCGCGAUUCCGCGAAGCGUAAGCGACAAGAGCGAAGUAGGAAGCUGGUAUCAACGCUGCCUGUCGUGCCUGUGAUGUGAUACGACGACCGUUGCGACGUUCUAUGAUUCUCGCGACGCGUUAAUAAUUUUGCAACAUGUAAAACACUGGUGCACACAAGGAAUAUCAAGGUGAUUGGAACGCUUAGUGGUUAAAACGUUGGGAAAUUCAUUCCGAUUGAUAGAGAACUGUUUCUCUUAAAUUAAUUAUUUCGUUUUCCACCCGAAAACGAGUGACUCUGCGGAACUUAUCGAGCGAUAGGAGCGAUAAGAGUACACAGUUUCGUCUUACAUAACAACUCGAAACAAUAAUGACACGCAGGAUUUGAAAAUUUUUAUUCGAUGUAUCUUAUCAGGAUGUUGGAAGGUUCAAGAGUUAUCUUUCGAUUUUAGAAAUGGUUGGCAAGAUUGUUGAGAAGAAAUACUAAGAAUUCUCGACGACUGAUUUACAAAAUAUAAACAGCUGUAAUAUCACUCUGUCGUCUACUCCAAUCUAUUCGAGCGAAUAUAAACGGAAUAUUUAUCAAGUGGGCACCAGUCACUUCUUUGUCAGCGUAAGAUGAACAUGAGCACGUAGACAAUCGAUCGACAAUCGAGCGAUCAAUCCAAUCGGAGCAGAAUGCCGAAGCCAGUUCCGGUGGAGAAUCUGGUGAUACCGCCGCAGGAUAGCCGGAUCUGCGGCACGAUAUGCAUCUGCCAAAUGACGAUGGUUCUGUCCUCGGUCGCGUUGGUGUACCUGACAGUCGCGAUUUAUAUGCCCAGCGGACGGGCGUUUCAGUCGGGCAUCAGCGAGGUGCCCGUGAUGUGCACGACGAUCCGUGCGGUGAACGCCGACAAUUGUGACUGGGGCAGUUGCGGCGAGUGGUGCCUGUCAAAAACCUCCGGACCCUGCGUGCAGAUCCACGUAAAUCUACGACGCAACGGCUCCACGAUUCUACUGGCGAACUGUACGAACACGACGAACAAGACGUGCUACGGCAUCGAUCAGGAGAACGCGAAGAAGUCGAAGUGCAUCGCGGACGAGUGUCGCAAUCUGACCGGCACGUUCAACUGCUCCGCGGGCACCUGCAUCAACAUCACCGACGCCUUCGAGUGCAUGUUCCACGACACGGACCCGCCCCUCAAGUGCUCCGGUCGUCGCGGUAAGAUCACCUGCAUAGACAUAGACGGCCUGUUCAACUGUAACCGCGGCACCUGCGAGCGCAUCCGCACCCCCUACAAUUGCGACCGCAGGUGCGUCGAUAUCCCGACCAGGAACAAAAACAUGAUCCUCCUCAGCGGCGACAAGGUGUACCUGAGCCAGUGCGAGCGAGCUAUCGACGUGGCGACUAAUCGCGAGAUCUGGCACGAGGAUCGGGGCGAUGUCAUGAUGGCCUCCUGCUAUGGGAUUUUCAAUUCCACGCUGGGCGUGGAGGCGGUGGACUGCAUCAACGGUUCCGUGCUAGAGAAAGACCUGCUGUCCGACCUAACAAACUUCACGUAUUUGUCCUAUCUAAAUAUAUUUGCCACCAAACCGUUGGACGCCGAAAAGCUGGUCGCGCCUCCGGAGCAAAGCUUGAUUAUCGCCAACGAGAGCCGGCUGUUGAUCAAUCUCGAGGGGUGUGUGAACACGCUUCGGGACGAGUGCAAGGAGUUCCUUCACGAAUACGGGAAGGACGGGUCCGAUCACAACGCGCGUGCUAGAUUCCCGUGUUACUACGCCGAGGAUAACACAAACGUAGUCGUGUCGCGAUUCAAUCUGCAAACGACUUAUAAAGAGUUUUUGAUCGCGCUAUUGCUGCCGAGCAUUCUGUUUAUCGUCAGCUGUGUGACUCUGAUCUUCUGUCAGAGGACAGUCGUCGUCGGGGACGACGCUAAAAUGAGGUUCAAGGGCACGCCCGGCACGCUGGUCUCGAUAGAGAGAAGCGCGUCGGGCAACUUAGGGGAUGCUCGGAGGAGACUCCGUUAUGGCGCUCUGAGAUCCGUCACGCAUUCCCCUCCUGGAGGAGUCCGGCUCGUCAGUCGAUAUUCUCCCUGCGCGGGCAUUACUGAGGUGUGGGGAGGGGGGGAACGCGUGAUAAAAAAAAUUCUCAUCUUGCAAUUUAAUAAAAUAAAAACGCAACAUAUACACGUUCUUGCAAAAGUAUCGAGGAAACGAAGCAAAACAGAGCGGUCGGACAACAAAAGAGAACAAGAAGAAUUUAUAUACUCGCACUGCCUGCACUAAAUAUUUGGAAGGCC